CUUUGCACAGCAGCUUCUGGACUUGUGAGAGUCUCGUUGGCUGUAAAUUGUCAACAAUUCGUUCAAGACGCGGGCGCGUCGUCGGCUAUAAUGCUGGCCCAAACACAAAACCAGCCUCAACAGAGGCCAAUCGAUAUUCAGGCAAUGAUGCAGAGAGCAAACUUCCUGAGGAAGAACCCCACAGAGCAAAAGAAUCCAAAUGAACUCGAAACGCUUAUGAAGUACAUUUCGGCUAUGGGAAACCGAGCAGGAAUUCCCCAGGGAGGAGCAGGAGCAGUACCCGGAAUGCAGAGCUUACACGGCCAACAUCAACCUCAACAGCCUCAGCCGACUCUCAACGGCCACACAAACGCUCUCCCACCUCAGUCACAAACCCCAGUUUCCUUCACUUCAGAGCAAAUUAACGUCCUUCGGGCCCAGAUACAAGCCUUCAAGCUCCUUCAGAGAGGUGCACCCGUACCAGAAUCUCUUCAACAUGCCAUUAUUCCCCACAAUACUGCUGUUCAGGACCUCGAGAAAAUUCUACAUAUCCCCGACGUUUCCUCUCGUGUUAUUGACAGUGCAGUAAAGGCCGCGAAGAGUGAAGUCCCGGCUCCUGAAGCACCUCACCCAGCACCUCAAGUGAAUGGCACCAUCAAGACGGAGGAAACCGAAACGAUUCAAAUAAACCCUGCUGAUAUGCCCAAAGGUCCUUUUCUCGAAGAUGACGUUGAUAGUGGCAUCUACCCCUAUAACGCAUACCGCCACCCCUUCACCCAUCUUAAGCGACCUUCAGAGACCGACCCAGCAUUAUUUGCCACCCGCUUACAGCGCCUUCUCAUACCCACCAUUAUGCCUGCUGGUCUCGAUGCUCACCAGAUUCUUGACGAGCGGGACAAUUUUAUACAAGCUCGAAUGCAGCAGCGUAUUCAAGAGUUAGAGGCCAUGGCCUCUACUAUCGGCGAUGGUGGACUUGAAACGGACGUAGACGUCGAAAGUCUCUCAAAGGAGAAUAAAGAAAAUGCAGACCAGGCUGCGAAGAAUGCCACCUCUACCCCUCUGCACCACGCCUUGACUUUCCCUCCAGCAACCUCACACGGUAAACUACGCGCUCUCAUCGAACUUAAAUCCCUUCGCCUUCUCGAGAAGCAGCGGGCCAUGCGAGCUCUUACAGCCGAACGUCUCACUCACGGAUCUCUUCUCCCUUUAAACCGUACUGACUUCCGCCGUACACGUAAACCAACAUUCAAAGAUGCUCGUGUCACCGAGAAGCUGGAACGUGAACAGCGUUCCAAACGUGAACAACGAGCGAAAUCCAAACACGUCGAACAGCUCAGUGUCAUCGUCAACCACGGACGUGAGCUCAACAGUGCCAAUCAAAUGGCAAGAGAGAGGAUAUUACGACUUGGUCGUGCUGUUGGGAGUUUCCAUGCCCAUACGGAGAAGGAGGAGCAGAAGAGGAUUGAAAGGAUAUCGAAGGAGCGUUUGAAGGCGUUGAAGGCUGACGAUGAAGAGGCGUAUAUGAAGCUCAUUGACACUGCGAAGGACACUCGCAUCACACAUCUUCUCAGACAAACCGAUACGUACUUGGACUCUUUGGCUCACGCUGUUGUUGCACAACAGAACGAAGCAGGUGUAAUGCAAAUACACCACCAAUCGAUGGACGGUCCGACUUCCGAAGCUACCUUCGGUGCGAAGGUCAUGGCUGACGAUGAGGAUAAGGAGAGAAAGAUUGACUACUAUGCUGUUGCGCAUCGGAUACAAGAAAAGGUCACAAAGCAGCCUUCUAUGUUAAUUGGUGGAACUUUGAAGGAAUAUCAGUUGAAAGGAUUGCAGUGGAUGGUUAGUCUGUACAACAACAGACUCAACGGCAUUCUUGCCGACGAAAUGGGUCUCGGGAAAACCAUUCAAACUAUAUCCCUUAUCGCCUUCUUGGUUGAAAUCAAACGUUUACGAGGACCUUACUUGGUCAUAGUACCUCUGUCCACAAUGACUAACUGGUCGGGAGAGUUUGCGAAGUGGGCCCCCUCUAUCAAGAUCAUCGCAUAUAAAGGGAAUCCAGCCCAACGUCGAGCCCUUCAGGGUGAUCUUCGUGUUGGACAGUUCCAGGUUUUGUUGACGACGUACGAGUACAUUAUCAAGGACCGACCACAUCUAAGUAAGAUUAAAUGGAUUCAUAUGAUUAUUGACGAGGGUCAUCGCAUGAAAAACACGCAAUCGAAACUCUCGCAAACUCUCACAACCUUCUACCAUUGCCGCUAUCGUCUCAUUCUUACCGGUACCCCUCUUCAAAACAAUCUUCCCGAACUUUGGUCCCUUCUCAAUUUCGUCCUGCCCAAGAUCUUCAACUCUGUCAAAUCAUUUGAUGAAUGGUUCAACACCCCGUUCGCCAACUCUGGAACUGGAGACAAGAUCGAGUUGAAUGAAGAAGAGGCUCUCCUCAUCAUCCGUCGUUUACACAAAGUGUUGCGACCAUUUCUGUUGAGAAGGUUAAAGAAGGAUGUAGAAAGUGAACUGCCGGAUAAGGUGGAGAAGGUCAUCAAGGUCAGAAUGAGUGCGUUACAGAGUCAGUUGUAUAAGCAGAUGAAGAGGUUCAAAAUGAUUGCGGAUGGUAAGGAUGUAAAAGGCAAACAUGGAGGUGUCAAAGGUCUUUCUAAUGAACUCAUGCAACUCCGAAAGAUUUGCCAGCAUCCUUUCUUGUUCGAGAGCGUAGAAGACAAGGUCAAUCCGAGUGGCAUGAUCGACGACCGGAUCGUUAGAUGUUCGGGAAAGUUAGAGUUGUUGAAUAGAGUUCUACCUAAGUUCUUCGCUACAGGGCAUAGAGUCCUCAUCUUCUUCCAGAUGACGAAAGUCAUGGAUAUCAUGGCUGAUUUCCUCAAAUACACUGGAGUUAAGUUCCUGCGACUCGAUGGUGGUACCAAGACCGAGGAACGUGCUCAAUUUGUGCAACUAUUCAAUGCUGCCAAUUCAGAGUACAAAGUCUUCAUUCUGAGUACAAGAGCUGGAGGUUUGGGUUUGAACUUGCAAACUGCUGACACCGUCGUCAUCUUUGACUCUGACUGGAAUCCUCACGCCGAUUUGCAAGCUCAGGAUCGUGCCCAUCGUAUCGGUCAGACAAAGGCCGUGCUUAUCCUUCGUUUCAUUACAGAAAAAAGUGUUGAGGAAGCCAUGUAUUCUCGAGCGAGGUACAAGUUGGACAUCGAUGACAAGGUCAUUCAGGCUGGGCGGUUCGACAACAAGAGUACCCAAGAAGAGCAGGAGGAGUUCUUGCGUUCCAUUCUUGAAGCCGAUCAAGAAGAAGAGAAUGAAGAAGCGGGAGACAUGAACGAUGAAGAGUUGAAUGCUAUCAUCGCUCGUACAGACGAAGAGUCUGAAGUGUUCAGGAAGAUUGAUAUGCAAAGGGAACGUGAUGCGCUGGAGAACUGGCGGGCGGCUGGGAACAGGGGGAAACCACCACCGCCGCUUAUUCAACUUGAAGAGUUGCCGGAGUGUUACCGGAUCGACGAGCCGUUCGGCGCAAUGGACGGAGGGGAGGAAGUCAUCGAGGGACGUGGACAGAGGAAGAGGAAUGUAGUGAGCUACAAUGAUGGGCUUGAUGAUGAUACUUGGGCCAUGGCACUCGAGGAUGGUGACGACCUUGAAGAACUGUCCCAACAGAAACGCGAUAGAAAGGACCGGCGUGCGGCGAACAAACUCCUUCGCGAUGCGGAGGCAUCUGGUCGGGGUACACCAGUUUCUGAAGACUCUGUCCCGACGAGUGGACGUGGGCGCAAGAAGAAGGGCAAAGGGAAGAAUACCAUCGAAGAUUCACCUGCCAUUGUUGGGGGGAAGAGGAAGCGCGGGAUGAAGUCUAUGUCAGUGACACCAAGCAUUGCUGACGAUGAGGAUGAUGAUGAGAGAGAACAGAAACGGAGAAGAGUGAAGGCUGGAGAUGUGGCACCGGCAGUGAGAGAGAAAAUGAAGAAAGCCUUCAACGAGUGUUAUAAAGCUGUUUUGGCAUGUGAGGCAGAAGACGGACGGAAGAGAUGCGAACUGUUCAGAGAACCUCCUGACAAGAGAGAUUACCCUGAUUACUACACUCUCAUUACACGACCGAUUGCCCUCUCCCAUAUCCGGAAACGUUCACAAAGCAACUACUAUAAAGACGUAAACCAAUUCCGCGCCGACUGGCAGUUGAUGUUCAACAAUGCUCGGACCUAUAACACUGAAGGGUCGUGGGUGUAUAACGAUGCUGAAGAGAUGGAAAAGGUUUUCAAUGGUGCUUGGGAUCGGGCUGUCGUUGGGAGCGGGUUACCUGGUGCACCUGUGGGAGGUGGAAGCAAUGAUUCUGCUGGCUCUUACGAAUCGGCAUUGACCCCGAUGGACGAUGAGGAUGUGCGCCCGCCUCCCCCGUUAAAGCCGAGGAACUCUGGAAGGAAGACUCAGGUGCUGAGCGACGAAGAGUAUCUGACUCCCAGCGAUGAUGAUUGAUUAUUUUCUCUAUCUUGGUCGGGUUUUGUGUAUUAUUCGAAAUUCGUGUAAAAUAACGCUGAAAUAAUUGUUGGUGUCCGAGGAAUUCCGGAGUGCGC